AGUCGUUAUCACUUGCAAUAUAUAUGGGCAUAGCUUACAUAUAGUGGCCUAACUGUAACGUAGUCAUUCAUUCAUUCAAAUAAAAUUUUCCAUGUUUACAAUUAAAUUGCUCGGUCAACAUCUUUUGGCUUAUGAAAAAAUUUUGUGCUUCUCUGCUCUCUCCAACCAAAAUCUUAAAUAAUAAUAAAGCUUUGAUUAAAAAAUCUUCAAAAAUGGCAGCUGUCAAUUUUCAAACUCUUAGCACCGAAGAAAAGAAUAAGUUCUUUGACUCAUUCGAUACAGUAUUAACUGACUGUGAUGGUGUAUUAUGGAUGGAAAUGAAUCCACUUCAUCAUUCUGCAGAAGUGAUGAAUCAUUUUCAAGAUAUGGGAAAAAGGGUUUUUUUUGUAACCAACAAUAGUACUAAAACAAGAGAAGAAUUUGCUGAUAAAUGUAGAAUUUUGAAUUUUAGAAUAUCAAAAGAUAAUUUACUAUGUACAUCAAAUUUAGCUGCGCAAUAUUUAAAAAAUUUAAAUUUCAAGAAAACAGUUUAUGUAAUAGGAAAAUCUGGUAUAACCAAAGAACUUGAUGAAGUAGGUAUAAAGCAUAUUGGUACUGGUCCUGACAAUGUUACAAGUCCUACUAGAAACUUCAAAUUUGAUAAAGAUCCAGAUGUUGGAGCAGUUAUAGUUGGAUAUGAUGAAUUUUUCAGUUAUCCAAAAAUGGUAAAAGCAGCUUCAUACCUUGCUGAUCCUAAUGUGCUCUUUUUGGGAACUAACACAGAUGAACGGUUUCCUGCUAGUGAUAAUUUAGUUAUACCUGGUACUGGAAGUUUAGUGCGUUGCAUUGAAACAUGUGCCGAAAGAAAAGCUACAGUACUAGGAAAGCCUGAACCAUACAUUGGAAAUUUGAUAAAGAAUCGUUUCAAUAUAAAUCCAUCUCGUACGUUAAUGAUUGGUGAUCGUGCAAAUACUGACAUUUUACUAGGUCGGCGUAAUGGUUUCCAGACUCUACUUGUGUUAUCUGGUGUUACUAGUAUGGAUGAUCUUGAAAAAUGGAAGUGUUCAAAGAUUGAAGAAGAUCAAGAACUUCUCCCAGACUAUUAUACAAACACCCUUGGUGAUUUACUACCACACUUAAAAAAAUAGAAAAUAGUGAUUUGUUAAAAAAAAAAAAAAAUUUACUCUAUUAACUUCAUCUAACACUAGUGAAUUUCUUGUUUUAUUUUGAAAAUACUAUGUAUUGUGUUAAAAGUCUAAUAGCACAAUGAAAAAAAAUACACAACAGUUCUUCCAAUUUUAUUUGAAGUGAUUGCAAGUUAAAAUUAUAUAUUUUGACUUUAAAAUAUAUACAGGAAACUGACUGUGUCACUUUUAUAUAACUUCAGUUAUUGAGAAAAUGAAUAGUACUUUGAUGAAAAAUUAUAAAUUUGUAAUUUUAAUCUAUACAUUUGUUAAUUAUUGAUUAUUCUGUUGAGAAAAACUAUUGUUAUUGAAUAAUUUUCCAAACAUAUUUUUUGUAUUUUUUAAGGGGUUAAUUAAGCAUCAGCAGUUGAAGCUGAUAAAGAAACUAAAUCUUUACAAAUGUUUAUAGUUACCUUUAUGCAUAAAUAAAAUUCCUAUUUUGUUGUUGAA